AUGAAGUUCUCAGUUUUCUACACCUUCGCCUUCGUCCUUCUCUGGACUCUCGUCGUUGUCGCCUUGCCGACUGAGAUCGAUGGUUCGCUCGAUGCCACUCAGUUCGACAACCUGGACUACGUGCCCGAAGUUUCCCCUCCUCAAGUCAACAACACCCCCGGAUUCACCUCAAUUACCACUGAUCCCCAAGAAGCCGAUACCCUCGAGUCCCUGGCCCUCGGCAUCAACUGCAGAGGCUCACUAGCAUGCAGCGGUCUCUGCCCCCCUGCGAACUUCGCAGCAAUCAGGAGAUACGUCGACCAGAUCCCAGACGACGUACAGUACCAGAACGGACACCAGAUCGCCUGCGUCAGAUGCAACAACGUGAGCUACAGCGCCAUCUGUGCCUUCGUCCAGCACGCGAAGGAAGGCGAGAUGGUGUCUGCAGCGACUGUCAAGGAGAAGAUACAUCGUUUGGUGCAGCAUCAAUGCAUGAAGUGUGGCUCUUGUCCUAUUCACCCCGGGAACAAUGGCGCGACGGGCGAGGUUACUGUCAACUAUGUGUGGCAUGGCUGUGGGACUGGUAUCUGUCCAUAUUAG